AUGUCUGCUUGGCCGCACGUGGGGCAGUUGCCGCACUCGCACUUGCGUUGUUUCCCCAACUUAAGCUGGAGGUAGCCCCCCUGUGCUCUAGGAACGCCAAACUUUCUGCAUGGCUGCUGUGACCAUGGUGCAGCUGAAUUUGAACCAGAGGAGUGAUUGAAUCUGAGCGAGUAAAGCACGAGGACGACACGGGCUCGGACGGGUUUCCAGGGUUUACAGCACGGGUUACAGCGACCCAGCCCUUUGCGUGUGUGCUCCCCGGACCCCGGAAUUCAAUCCCGUCUCCCGUGUCACCCGUCACCCUUGGGUGCUUGCGUUACCUGAUCUGACACUGAGCCCGAAAACGUGGCACCCCGCAAACACGCAUUUGGGAUAUCCCUUCUAAUCCUCCUGUUUGGCGUUGGAAGCGAGCAGGCGCAAGGGAGCGUGCACAUCUGCAAUCUGCCAAUCUGCUGGUGCCUCAAUAGAUUUGCCCUGCUGUUUUCGCAUACACCUGGACGCCAGCCCGUUCCAGCUGCGCUUGCGUGUGCCUGGGGCUGCUGACGAGAGCUGGUCUUUCUGGUCGCACAUGGUUGGCCACUGGCAAGGGCUGGACUGCGCGGCAGGCAAGUGCUGUCCAGAAUGGCAGAGUGGCGAGCACCCCAAGCCUGGGUACAUCUCAACAACUGUUAACUCUACCUGCGCCUGGCUGCUCAGCUCCACCGAGGUGGCCAUGCACAUGAAGUUCAACGAGUUCCAUGUGCUGGCGCUCAAGUCAUACCAGCACAUGGGCAUCAUGGGCGUGUCAGUGUACGCGGUGGGCGCACCCGAAUGCCCUGGCACUGCUACGGUGCUCCCGGGUGGGCCGCAGCUGCUGGGCAACGCGACCAUUGACUGCCUGUGGCACGAGCGCAUGAGCACAGCUGAGGACGAGUACAUGAGGCUGGUGCCGGCGCCUGCAGGAGCGUGCAUCCGGGUGAACAUCACGGUCCUGCCGUCACCCACGCCCCGGCAGGAAAACAAAAUCAAGUUUUUGGGCUUCUCGCUGUACUGAGUUUUGCAGUGACCUCGAGGGGACAAUGGGAUGAGGCGCAGGUUUGCGACGAUGUAGAAGGCAUUCUGAGCAUGCAUUCACGCACAGACCGGCGAGUGCUGCCAGGAGGUUUCCACCCUAUGGAAGCACGUGAGUUCUUGGCGCUACACCAAGCCUAGGCUGGCGCCUGGCAGGCGUUACAAAAUGACCGUAUUGGUGGUACUGAUAGAGUGUUUACAUCGCGUUCGUGACGUGCACGUGUGAGAUACUGCGGUAGCAAGCAGAGGUAGAAUAUUUGAGGCCUUGGGCGCGGACCUCGUGCACACAAGCCUUCGCGAGCUGAGAUCCAAAUUCCAGUAGAGGCAGGGCGGAAGUAAGUAUAGAGACGCGAAGAGUGAUAUACCCAAAGGAGACGUGUGCAGUGAGUGUGAGUUACGAGCGUACCGCAGUCCGCCGCAGGUUAUAACGCCCGUAAUGCAGAUAGAGACGGAGAAUGGUCCCUCUUAUGACUGUAAACUGAGGAUGUGUUGAGUGGAAGCAGGCAGGUGUGCAGGCGGAUGAUUGCGACGAAUGUACAGGUCAGUACAGGUCCGGGAAACGGUCCGGGGAAAUGUAGACUGAUGCGGUAUGUGAAAGUUAACGGCGGAGCGGUGGGGACAAACGCAGGAGGCGACGUAGAUUUGAAACCGUCGGCCUCACACAUUGCACCAACGCGGCGCGGCUCGUGAUGGAACAUGGCAAGGGGCAGGAAAGCGUAGUCCCGAUGUGUGUGGCUCCCACCCAUGCCCACAUAAAUGCGUAGCAAGAAGGGACAAGGCAUUGGUGCGUCGUUCGCGCGCUGUUACUGUACCGACGGUAGCUGGCAGGUUGUGUCGAUGUUUUGCUGACGCGCGUUCCUCACGCUCCGGGCGCCCGGCCAAGGCGAUAGCACCACACAGACUCAAUGCGACGCCACACCGCGCGGAUAGCAUAGCCGAUGCGCACCUGCAGGCAGUCGACCGGCGUCCACGGAUGAGCUGUGUAGACGAGCACUAGCGUAAUGCAACGGCGUGCAGCAAAACAAUGGCCGGGCGACAGUGUGACAAACAGGGGCAAGAACAAGGCGAAGCAAAGCAGAAGAGGGGCCCGAAUGUGUACGACAAUUGUGGCGGGCAGGCCGAAUGCGGUGCAACACGCCAACAACACAACCGGAGGUGAGGAAGCGUUGCUGAUGGUGAGGAUAGGUGCUGCGACGUUCGGUAGGGGAGCUGUGGCCGCGCACUAGUUGGGAGGAAGUUUCCGAGGCAUUGUUUGUGGUUGAUGUCGGCGCGGCGGCACAGCCCACUUCUCUUCUUGAGAGGGAGAGCCACCUUUCAUUACCUGUCACUGCACUACCAGAGUGAUUAUGGCUGUACGCCAUAUGGAAUAACAUGACGGGCGGUGAGCCAAUGUCCAAGUCUGGUUGGAAGCAGGGCUCCUAUCUUAGUGUCUUCAGACAAUGAUCGGCCAAUUUUGGCCGAUUCCUAGACAUUCCGCCCGGGGCCUAAUGUCUGGGGCGAGAUAGACUUUGUUGGCCCGGGUUUGGGGUU